AUGAAUCCUGAGCAGCUGAGCAAAUUGGCCAAGGUGCCUACGGACUUCGGGGUAACAUCAAAGGCCAAAUUGGAUCCGAGCUUUGGCUUGCAACUAGGUCAGGAGAAGAUCCAAGAGCGAAUCCACCAGUUGAAGGACAAGCCUGAUGAGCUUAUGAAGAUCGUGAAUCAGAACCCUCUGGUGCAAGAGAUGGCCGCUGCAGAUCCUGCUAUGAAAGAGAUCAUCCACAGUCCGGAAGCCUUGCAGAUGCUCUUUAGCGAUGAGGCGAUUGAGGAACUGCGACGGCUAAGCUGUGCUCGGACAGAGGGCUGUGCAAAGUGAGUCGAUGUGGCGACGGUAUGGGUCCGGCCGUGGCCCUGCUUGAGUGGUGCCUCAAAUGGCACAAGGUUUGGCCCUGCCUCGGCGAUCAAUGAAUCUGCCUGCAAGCACUUAGAUGGAAAAACAAGAAACAUGGAUUU